AGUGUUCUCCCAGCCUAUUGUCAGCAGGGCUAAGCCAGAGAUGCUUAAGUCCCACUUCAUCCCCACGAUGGAGAAGCUGAAGAAGCGUUCAGGGAAGGUGGUGGCCGAGGAGGAUCAGCUGCGCAUGGAGGGCAAGCAGGAGAUGGACAGUGAGAACGGGACCAUCCGAGAUGAGUUCGCUGUGCUGUGCCGGGACCUGUAUGCUCUCUACCCCCUGCUCAUCCGCUACGUGGACAACAACAGGGCGAGAUGGUUGACCUGUCCUGACCCGGAUGCAGAGGAACUCUUCAGGAUGGUGGGGGAAGUCUUCAUUUUCUGGUCCAAAUCCCACAACUUUAAGAGAGAGGAGCAGAACUUUGUGGUGAUGAAUGAGAUCAACAACAUGUCCUUCCUGACCGCAGACAGUAAGAGCAAGAUGAGCAAGGCCGGAGAUGGAGAGUCUGGAGGCUCAGAGCAGGAGCGUACCAAGAAGAAACGGCGCGGGGACCGCUACUCUGUGCAGACCUCCCUCAUCGUCGCUGCUUUAAAGAAGAUGCUUCCUAUCGGCCUCAACAUGUGCUCUCCUGCAGACCAGGAGCUCAUCAACCUCGCCAAGAUCAGAUACUCACUGAAAGACACGGAUGAAGAGGUUAGGGAGUUCUUGACCAACAAUCUGCAUCUGCAAGGGAAGGUGGAGGACCCCGCUAUGCGCUGGCAGAUGUCUCUUUAUAAGGAGAAUUCCGGGAAGGCAGAAGAUGCAGAGGACCCUGAGAAAGUGGUAAAAAGAGUACAAGAGGUGUCGGCUGUCCUUUACCACAUCGAGGUGACGGAGCAUCCCUACAAGUCGAAGAAAAUGGUGUGGCACAAGCUGCUGUCAAAGCAGCGGCGCAGAGCUGUGGUGGCCUGUUUCAGGAUGACCCCCCUUUACAACAUCCCCGCGCACAGGGCGACCAACAUGUUCUUAGAUGCCUACAAACGCAACUGGUUGGAGACUGAAGGUUACUUGUUUGAGGACAAGAUGAUUGACGACUUAUCAAAAGCCUUGGAGGAAGAGGAGGAAGAGGAAGAGGAGACCGAGACGAAGCCUGACCCCCUUCAUCAGCUGAUUCUUCAUUUCAGCCGAACAGCUCUCACAGAGAAGACUAAACUUGACGUUGACCACCUCUAUAUGUCUUAUGCUGAUAUUAUGGCAAAGAGCUGUCACAUUGGUGAGGAGGACGAAGGGGGAGAUCAGGAGGGGGAGGAGCCAGCCUUUGAGGUGCAACAGACAGAAUUGGAUAAGGAGAUGGAGAAACAGAGACUUCUGUAUCAGCAGUCCCGUCUGCACAACCGCGGGGCCGCAGAGAUGGUUCUGCAGAUGAUCAGUGCUUGCAAAGGCGAACCUGGAGCCAUGGUUUCUUCUACUCUUAAAAUGGGAAUCUCCAUCCUCAACGGUGGCAAUUGUGAUGUACAGCAGCGGAUGUUGGACUAUCUGAAGGAUAAAAAGGAAGUGGGAUUCUUCCUUAGCAUUCAGGCUCUCAUGCAGACCUGCAGCGUUUUGGACUUGAAUGCUUUUGAGAGGCAGAACAAGGCUGAGGGCCUUGGGAUGGUUUCAGAGGAAGGCAAUAAUAAGAAGCUAGAACGUGAUGAGAAAGUGAUGGCUGACGAUGAAUUUACUUGUGAUAUCUUCCGCUUCCUGCAGCUUUUGUGUGAAGGCCACAAUAACGACUUCCAAAACUAUUUGAGAACUCAGACAGGCAGCACCACUACCAUCAACAUCAUCAUCUGCACUGUGGACUACCUGCUGCGACUACAGGAGUCCAUCAGUGACUUUUACUGGUACUACUCAGGAAAAGACAUCAUUGAUGAGCCUGGUAAGAGGAAUUUCUCCAAAGCAAUGACUGUGGCCAAACAGGUCUUCAACAGCUUGACUGAGUACAUCCAGGGCCCCUGCACUGGGAACCAGCAGUCCCUGGCUCACAGCAGGCUGUGGGAUGCGGUAGUGGGCUUCCUGCACGUCUUUGCUCACAUGAUGAUGAAACUCGCUCAGAUGCUCCCUGAUUCUGGACAACGCAACAACGAUCACUUUUGGAGUAGAGCACACUCAGAGGACUCCAGUCAGAUUGGUCUGUUGAAGGAGCUGUUGGAUCUGCAGAAGGAAAUGGUGGUGAUGCUUCUGUCUCUACUUGAAGGCAAUAUUGUGAACGGCACCAUUGCCAGGCAAAUGGUCGACAUGCUGGUGGAGUCCUCCAGCAACGUGGAGAUGAUCCUCAAGUUCUUCGACAUGUUCCUCAAGCUCAAAGACAUCGUGGCAUCAGAUGCCUUCCGGGACUACGUCACCGACCCCCGUGGGCUCAUCUCCAAAAAAGACUUCUCCAAGGCCAUGGACAGCCAGAAGCAAUACUCUCCCUCAGAAAUCCAGUUCCUCCUCUCUUGCUCAGAAGCUGAUGAGAAUGAGAUGAUCAACUUUGAGGAGUUUGCCGAUCGUUUCCAGGAGCCAGCCAAGGACAUUGGCUUCAAUAUCGCCGUUCUGCUCACCAACCUGUCGGAGCACGUGCCCCACGACACUCGCCUUCAGAACUUCCUGGAGCAGGCAGAGAGCGUGCUCAAGUACUUCCGCCCCUUCCUCGGCCGCAUCGAGAUCAUGGGAGCCAGCAAGAAGAUUGAGCGCAUUUACUUUGAGAUCAGCGAGGCUAAUCGCGACCAGUGGGAAAUGCCACAAGUUCGAGAGUCCAAGCGGCAGUUCAUCUUUGAUGUGGUCAAUGAGGGCCAAGAGAGUGAGAAAAUGGAGAUGUUUGUGAACUUCUGCGAGGACACCAUCUUUGAGAUGAACAUUGCGGCGUCUAUCUCUGAGCCUGAGGGAGACGAUGCAGAAGAAGACGACGAUGAGGAAGGAGAUGAAGGCGGGGGAGAACAAACAGAGGCUGUAGAAGGAGAGGAAGGCAAUGGAGAUGAAGUCCCUCCAGAGGCAGCUUCAGCCUUCGCAGAGUUUCUGAAGAGCGUGGGGGACUUCUUCAACAUGUUCACAUUCCGUAACCUGCGACGUCGCUACCGCAAACUUAGAAAGAUGACUGUGAAGGAGAUGGUCAUCGGCCUGGUUACGUUUAUCUACACUAUUCUGAUGGGUAUCCUGAUGUUUGUCUACGGUGUAUGUAAGGGCUUCUUCACAAUCACAUGGAAGGUGCUGUUUGGUGGAGGCCUAGUGGAGGGCGCCAAGAAGAUAACUGUAACGGAGAUAUUAGCCAGUAUGCCAGAUCCCACGCAGGACGAAGUUCAUGGCGACCUGCCACCUGAACCAGGGGCUAGAGAGGACCAAGACGCAGACGGUGGGUCAGACCUCUUAGAUGGUGGGGGAGAAGGGGAGGAAGAGGAGGAUAGCGAGGAGAGGGAAGGUGGACGUCUGCCCGGUUUCAAUACUCCAGGGGGACUCGGGGACUUUGGUGAGACGACGGCUGAAGAGCCUCCGACACCAGAGGGCACACCGCUGCUGAAGAGAAAACUGUUGGAAUCCGCAGUGGGAGAACCAGGAGAGGAAGAGCAACCUGCUCAACCUGCUCAUACCGAAGAAGUGGCUACUCCAGAGACUGAGAAAGCAGACACCGAGAAUGGCGAGAAGACAGAGAAAGCAGAGCCUGAACCUGAGGUAAAGAAGGAGGAGCCCGAGGUGAUAGAAGAGAAGAAAGAAAAGGCCAAGGCGAAGAAGGAAAAGAAACCCACGGAGGAGGGCUUUGAGCUGUGGAAUGAGCUGGAGGUCCAGAGAGUCAAAUUCAUGAACUACCUUUCUCGCAACUUCUACAACCUUCGCUUCCUGGUCCUGUUCAUCUCCUUCGCUCUCAAUUUCAUCCUGCUCUUCUACAAGGUGUCCGACACACCUCGUGGUGAGGAGGAGAUUGAGGGUUCUGCAUUGUUUGAGGGCUCCGGCCUGUUUGAAGGAUCCGGUGCUGAGGAGGAUGGGUCCGGAUUUGAUAACGGAGGUGAAGAUGAGGAAGAAGAAGGUCCCAUGUACUACUUCUUGGAAGAGAGCACAGGCUACAUGGAGCCGGCCAUGGCUUUCUUCGGUAUCGUCCACACUAUCAUCUCCAUCCUCUGCAUCAUCGGCUACAACUGCCUCAAGGUCCCUCUGGUCAUCUUCAAGAGAGAGAAGGAGCUGGCAAGAAAGCUGGAGUUUGAUGGUCUCUAUGUCACUGAGCAGCCUGAGGACGAGGACAUCAAGGGCCAGUGGGACAGGCUGGUGCUCAACACUCCAUCCUUCCCUAACAACUACUGGGACAAGUUUGUGAAGAGAAAGGUGCUGGAUAAAUAUGGUGACAUCUACGGCAGAGAGAGGAUUGCUGAGCUGCUCGGUAUGGACUUGGCUUCUCUAGACGUCAGUGCCAUGACGCAUGAGAAAAAGCCCGAACCAGACACCUCAAUGUUGAGCUGGUUACCAGCUAUUGACAUCAAGUACCAGAUCUGGAAGUUUGGCGUUAUUUUCACUGACAAUACCUUCCUCUACCUGGUUUGGUACAUGUUGAUGUCUCUACUUGGACACUACAACAACUUCUUCUUUGCCACUCUUCUCCUGGACAUCGCCAUGGGUGUCAAAACCCUGCGCACCAUCUUGUCCUCCGUGACUCACAACGGCAAACAGCUGAUGAUGACUGUAGGUUUGCUGGCUGUGGUGGUGUACCUCUACACAGUGGUGGCCUUCAACUUCUUCCGCAAGUUCUACAACAUGAGCGAGGAUGAGGACGAGCCGGACAUGAAGUGUGAUGACAUGAUGACUUGUUACCUGUUCCACAUGUACGUUGGCGUGCGUGCUGGUGGGGGUAUUGGAGAUGAAAUUGAGGACCCAGCGGGGGAUGAGUACGAGCUCUACCGAGUGGUCUUUGACAUCACCUUCUUCUUCUUUGUCAUCGUCAUCCUGCUGGCUAUCAUCCAGGGUUUGAUCAUUGAUGCCUUUGGAGAGCUGAGAGACCAGCAGGAGCAGGUCAGAGAGGACAUGGAGACAAAGUGUUUCAUCUGUGGAAUUGGAAGCGACUACUUUGACACGACGCCUCACGGCUUUGAGACACACACUUUAGAAGAGCAUAACUUAGCCAACUACAUGUUCUUCCUGAUGUAUCUCAUUAACAAAGAUGAAACAGAACACACAGGACAGGAGUCAUACGUGUGGAAGCUGUACCAGGAGCGCUGCUGGGACUUCUUCCCUGCUGGGGACUGCUUCAGGAAGCAGUAUGAGGAUCAGCUGGGAUAAUGUCCUGCAUGGCUAACGUCUGAAGGAGAACGAGAGGAAAGGAGGGGAGGGACAUUAAGAGAGAGAAGAAAUUUACAAAUUUCUCUCCUCCGUUGAAGCUAUGCACACUUUCACUGCACUGAUGUAACACCUGCAGCAGAAUGUCCAUGGAAUAGAUUUGAGAAAAGCUGAAGAGAUAUAGGAGGCAUAAAAAAUGACUUUUUUAUUUCACAAUGAACACACUUCAUGGCCUUUUUAGUGUCAAAUAUACAUACUGUAGACGGCCUUGCAUAACAAUGCAUUUAUACAAAAUGGGCUCUUUCAGUCGCUGCUGCUGUAAACGUUUUAGUGCCUAUAGCAAUGUCACUGCUUUAGCAAUCAGUUUGCUUUAACACAUUUAUUUUAGAUUAGAGUGUAUAUGUUUGUUUUUGUAUGUAGCUGCUGCCAUUUGAUAUUUUUUCUGGUGUUUCAGUGAGAGAAAGUGAUUUGAAGGUAAAUGAUUCAGCAGCUUACAGUCGUAUCUCCAAGAUCCUGGAGGGAGCAGUGAAAGUGGUAAGCGCUCUCUCGUAUCUUCAUCCUUCCUCUCUUGAGACUUAGAAACUUGCCUUCAAACGAACAACCAUGAAUGGGAACUCUCGUUGGACUGACUUGCCAAGAUAAUAAACUUGAGUGUCAUCUGCAUACGUGACAUAUACCUGAGUAACUCAGCUGACAAACCCAGUUUGCACUCUGAAGUCUUACAAUGUGUCCCUCGAAGUAUGUACUCCACUAUCUCUCCUGGUGUGUCUGUGCCAUAUAAGAUAGUGAUGAUGUAUACAUAAAGUAUAUGAGGAUGCCAAGGUUAUUUAUUUAUUGUUUAUACGCAGAUCAAAUCUUCUGAAGACGACCGUUUUAGCCCGUCUGUAUUUCUGGCCAACAGAAUAUUUUAUGGACAAAUAUCUUUCAGUGCAUUGAAAUAACUAAUGAAUGUAUUUAAUGUAUACACUUUGGCCAAAGUGCCAUGUGUACAACUGAUAAAUGCCAAGGCUGCAUAGAGGCCUUAUGAUGGAAAGACAUAUUUUACAUAAAUCAUAGAUUCAUGUAUUUAUUUUAUUUAGGGCUUUAAAUAAUUUGAAAGAUGCUUCCUUGUCAGAGUUUCACAUUUCGUGUGUAUUGUUUGUGAAAACCACAAAGAUGAAGGGACUGUCUCACACUGAAGAAAAUGCCUAGUUUGCAGUCAGAAGAGAUUUUUUUGCUAGUUAGGUUUUUAUGAUAGAUAUUUUUAGGAAUCUAGCAUAUCAGUUGUUUUUCUCAAUCAAAGUCUCAUCCGAUGUGUUGAUCUCAGACAGUUCUAUCUUACUAUGCCUCUUAAAGAUCACACACAAACUCUUAUUUAUUGUCAUGACUCACAGGCAGAGCAGUGGUCUGUUUGCAGAUGACUCUGAAGUGUGUAAUGUUUGCUGUGGUCCACUAGGGGGCCGCUGACAAUACAGAGCUGGAGGGAGAUUGUUACUGACUGAACCCUGUGUUUCAAUACAGAAUAAACAGAUUAUUUUAAGGAGAA